ACCUCUAGGAUCUGUUCUGUACUCUAAGGUAAGUCAGCUACCUCUAGGAUCUGUUCUGUACUCUAAGGUAAGUCAGCUACCUCUAGGAUCUGUUCUGUACUCUAAGGUAAGUCAGCUACCUCAAGGUUCUGUUCUGUACUCUAAGGUAAGUCAGCUACCUCUAGGAUCUGUUCUGUACUCUAAGGUAAGUCAGCUACCUCUAGGAUCUGUUCUGUACUCUAAGGUAAGUCAGCUACCUCUAGGAUCUGUUCUGUACUCUAAGGUAAGUCAGCUACCUCUAGGAUCUGUUCUGUACUCUAAGGUAAGUCAGCUACCUCUAGGAUCUGUUCUGUACUCUAAGGUAAGUCAGCUACCUCUAGGAUCUGUUCUGUACUCUAAGGGAUUUCACAAUGGCAUUGGUUUCAGAGUUCUUGGGCCAGCUCACGCUGAAUUUUGGCGGGGAGAGUGAGCCUAAAUUCCCCACGGUGGUGGCAGCAGGAGAUUUUGAUCCAGCUAAGGAUGCUGCCAGGAUAGAAACGGCCGUCAAAACCAAGGGUGUGGAUGAGCAGACCAUCAUUGACAUCCUGACCAGACGGAGCUACUCCCAGAGGAGAGAGAUCGCCUUCGAGUAUGAGAAGAGAUCCAAGAAGGAUAUGAUAACCGCUCUGAAGGGGGCUCUGUCUGGGUCUCUGGAGGCUGUCAUUCUGGGACUGAUGAAGAGUACAGCUCAGUACGAUGCCUCUGAGAUCAAAGGAUCCAUCAAGGGUCUGGGGACCGAUGAGGAGACUCUGAUAGAGAUGGUCUGUUCCCGCAGCGCUGAUGAACUGGUGGAAAUCAAACGCGUCUACAAGGAGUUGUUCAAGAAGGAGCUGGAGAAGGACGUGGCUGGAGACACUUCAGGAGACUUCAAGGGUUUGCUGAUGGCUCUGGUGCAGGCCAAGAGAGAUGAGCCCUCAAAUAUCGUCGACUAUGAGAAGAUUGACCAGGACGCCAGAGCUCUGUAUGAGGCAGGAGUGAAGAGGAAGGGGACUGACGUGGCUACAUGGAUCACCAUCAUGUCAGAGAGAAGUGUCCCCCACCUGCAGAAAGUGUUUGACAGGUACAAGAGCUACAGUCCAUACGACAUGCAGGAGAGCAUCAGGAAGGAGGUGAAAGGAGACCUGGAGAAGUCCUUCCUCACACUAGUGGAGUGCUUUGAGAACAAACAACAAUACUUUGCUAACAGACUGAGCGAAGCCAUGAAGGGUAAAAGUGCCAAGGAAAAGGUGGUGACCAGGAUAAUUGUGUCUCGCUGUGAGGUGGACCUCAUGAAGAUCAGGACAGAGUUUAAGAAACUGAACCAGAAGUCCCUGUACCAGACCAUCGCUGAGCACACUAAAGGAGACUAUCAGAAGGUCCUGCUGAAUCUGUGUGGAGGAGAUGACUAAAGUCCAACUGGCACCAACUGUCACCUUGUCCCAGAAGCCUUUUGGGUACCAAUGCCUUGUUCCUUUGUGACUCUCUAGUGACGCAGACAUUGAGAACUGGUGCCUCUAUCCACAACACUCAGCUUGCCAGCAGUAUUAGAGUCAUCAUUACUUUGUUUUUAUUUGGUAAAAACAGAUUGCAUCACCUUUCUGUGAAAUAUGAGACAUCCCUGGAACACCAACUGAAGAAUUGAUAGUAAAUGCUUUUAUGCAAUGUUUUUAUGAAAUUAAAUCAUGUGUGUUAAAUAGUUUCCUUUCUUGUUUUUUUAUUUUACAAUAUUACAAAGUUCUCUUCGGGACAUUUUUCCAAGUAAAGUAAGACAUUUUAAAUGGUAAUGUCGAUGCUUGUCCCAGCUAGUGUAUGUCCUUAUAUCCCCACUAGAGGGCGCUAGAGCAAUACCAUGCAGUACUGCUUCCUCACAACCUGGCCUGUUUCCCAUGAAGAGAUGUUCUGAUAUUGCACUAAUACUGUAUCUUUUAAAUCAGAUGGUAUGUUGAGUGCAAAAUGGAGCUUCACAAUGAAUGCUGUUUAAACCUUUUGAUACUUGUGGGGGGUAUUUUUUCAAAACAUGCAAACCAAGUUUUUAAGUGAAUUAUAUUAGUUUUUGUUUGAUGUUGUCAGUCAGUUUAAAAUUCAAAUCUAUGAGGAGUUCUCCCUCACUAUGGACAAUGAUCAAAGUUUCAGAACUGGAACUUUAUCUGAAAAUAUUGGUUCAUAAUUGCGACCCAAUAGACGACAGUAGCCAUAUACUUGUGUUUAUGUAUCUGUAAACUCCAGUGAAUUCAUAAUAAAUCAUAAUUGAUUCCUGUGGAAA